AUGGCAUCAGCGUACCGCAAUGCAGGCCGCGUGAGCGACGAAUCCGAAAGCGAUGAGCUCAUGUUCGAUGUCGAGCAAAGCGAUGCCUCAUCCGUCUCCGGCGCAUCAGAGCCCACCUCAGAUUCAGAAGAUGGGACCACUACGCCAGUAGCGAAACUUGUCCAGCUUCCGGCCGAGCUCCGCAACAGAAUAUUGAUGCUCACCUCGCGUGGCGUCUCUCACCGACAGCGGCACCUGCUCAACGACCUGUCCGCCCUCCUCCCUCACACAAAACGAGAUACCAAGCUCGACACCAAAUCCAAUAACAACUACAACUCCUCCCUCAACGCCCUCGCUGAGCUCCAUUCCUGCAACUACAUCUUCUUCCUCGAGGCGCGCAAGCAUGCGCAAGAUCUGUACCUCUGGCUGGCAGGAGCGCCGAAUGGGCCGACCAUAAAAUUUAGCGUGUCAAACGUCCACACGAUGGCAGAGCUGGGCUUUGAGGGCAAUGUACUGAAAGGUGGGCGUGGGAUCGUGGUCUUCGACAAAAGCUUUGACGGGGUGGUCCAGGGCGAGGAGGUCAGGGGACUGAUGCGGGAGAUGCUGAAGGGCGUGUUCUGUGUGCCCAAGAAGGGCGUCCGAGGGAUGAAGCCGUUCAUUGAUCGUGUGAUCGGCAUUUACGGGCUAGACGGGAAGAUCUGGAUCAGAGUAUAUGAGAUCCGUGAUGGCAAAGACAAGAACGAGGCAGACGGUGCCGCUGAGGGAGGAAAGCUACUCGAGGUUGGCCCACGGCUGGUCCUCACGCCGGUGCUGGUGCAGGAGGGAUCAUUUGGCGGGCCGAUCAUCUACCAGAAUUCGCUAUUCGUCUCUGGCAACCAGAUACGGAAGGAGGCUCGGGUGCAGAAGGCAAGCAAGUAUGCGGCGAAGCGGAAUCAAGUCGAGGAGAAAGCUGUGAAGCGCAAAGCGUUGGGUCUGGAUUCGGGCACGCAGAGGCCGAGGAGUGCUGUGGACGAUCGAGUGCUGUUCGGUUGA